UCUCUCUGUCCUCCCGUGAACUCAGUCAUGCGACGUCGCUUUCACUUUUCAGACUGCUGCAGCCAACAUCUAACAGUAUUUCUCAUUCUCACACAUGAAUUUCCUUAUCGAGGACAAUAUCUCCUCUAUCUCAUCAUAGCCAUAGUCUUCCAUGUUUCCUAAGCUAACUAGCACAGUUAGAAACACUGAAAGAGAGGAAGAAAGACAGACAGAGACUGUUACUGUUAAUAAUGGGUUUUGUUCAAUUCUUGUUAUAUUUUCUGGUUUCAGCUUUUUCUCUUAAUUCUUGCAUUGCUAAAGCCAAUGAUGAAGUACCUAUUAAACUCAACGAUGACGUUUUAGGCCUCAUUGUGUUCAAAUAUGACCUCAUAGAUCCAUUUUCCUCUCUGACUUCUUGGAAUGAAGAUGAUGAUUCACCAUGUUCAUGGAAAUUCAUUUCCUGCAAUCCUGUUACUGGUCGGGUUUCUCAUGUUUUGCUUGACAAUUUAUCCUUAUCAGGAAAGUUAAGCAAAGGGCUUCAGAAAUUGCAGCAUUUAGAGGUAUUGUCUCUUUCGUAUAACAAUUUUAGUGGUGAGAUUAUUACAGAUUUUCCUGUCAUUCCAACACUUGAAAAUCUCAAUCUUAGUCAUAACAGUCUUUCAGGUCAACUUCCACUUUCUGUUAUGACUUCCAUUAAAUUUCUUGACCUUUCUUAUAAUUCUUUAUCAGGUCCACUUCCUGAUAAUCUCUUCCAGAACUGUUUAUCUCUCCGCUAUCUUUCUUUAGCUUCAAAUUCGCUUCAAGGUCCAUUACCUUCUACACUAUCAAAAUGUUCUUUAUUAAAUACACUCAAUCUCUCCAACAACCAUUUUUCCGGUAAUCCUGACUUUUCUACCGGAAUUUGGUCGUUAAAUCGGUUAAGAACUUUGGAUCUUUCAGAGAAUGAGUUUUCUGGUUCGGUACCAGAAGGAAUAUCUGCCCUACACAAUAUGAAAGUCCUACAACUUGAGGGUAACCAGUUCUCUGGUCCAUUACCUAUAGAUAUUGGACUUUGUAUACAUCUGUAUAAAUUAGAUUUUAGCGACAAUCUCUUCACCGGACCAUUGCCGGAAUCUCUCCGGCAACUCACCUCACUGAGUUAUAUCAAUUUAUCAAAUAAUAUGUUGUCCAGUGAUUUCCCUCAAUGGAUUGGUGACUUAAGCAAGCUUGUUUAUAUAGACUUUUCUAGUAACAGUCUUACUGGAAGUCUGCCUUUAUCUAUAAGCGAAAUCAAAGCUCUUACCUAUUUAAGUUUGUCAAAUAACAAACUUAGUGGUAAUAUUCCAAUCUCCAUUGUUUAUUGUAGCAUGUUAUCAGUCAUUCGAUUGAAAGGUAAUAGCUUUAAUGGAACUAUACCAGAGGGUUUGUUUGAUCUUGGUUUAGAGGUAGUUGAUUUUUCAGAUAACCAAUUGGUUGGUUCAAUUCCGGCUGGUUCAAGAAGAUUUUAUGAAGAGAUUCGUACACUUGAUCUUUCAAGAAACAAUUUGACAGGAAAUGUAACAGCAGAAAUGGGUCUGUCUUCCAAUUUGAGAUAUUUGAACUUGUCAUGGAACAAUCUUCAAUCCAGAAUGCCAGCAGAGGUUGGUUAUUUCCAGAAUCUAAUGGUGUUGGAUCUUCGAAACAGUGCAAUAUUUGGUUCAAUCCCAGCAGAUAUUUGUGAGUCUGGAAGGUUGAGCAUUCUUCAAUUGGAUGGGAAUUCGUUGGGUGGUUCAAUUCCUGAAGAGAUUGGAAACUGUUCUUCUCUCUAUUUGCUGAGCUUGUCUCACAAUAAUUUAAGUGGUCCUAUUCCCAAGUCCAUUUCAAAGCUAAGCAAACUCAAGAUUCUAAAACUGGAAUUCAAUGAACUGAGUGGAGAAAUACCAUUAGAGCUUGGAAAAUUGGAGAACCUACUUGCUGUCAACAUAUCAUAUAACAAUCUCAUAGGCAGGCUUCCUUCUGAAGGUAUAUUUCCAAGCUUGGAUCAAAGUGCAUUGCAAGGAAAUUUGGGAAUUUGCUCACCUUUGCUCAAGGGACCAUGUAAGAUGAAUGUUCCUAAACCUCUAGUCCUCAAUCCAUACGCCUAUGGUAACAACAGACCGCGAAAUGUAUCCUCGGAUUAUGACUCCAUAAGCUCUCAUCACCGCAUGCUCCUCAGCACCUCAGCAAUUAUUGCAAUUUCAGCAGCUGUGUUUAUAGUGUUUGGAGUAAUUGUGAUUAGCCUCUUGAAUAUAUCUGCUAAGAAGCGGCUUGCAUUUGUCGACCAUGCUUUAGAAAGCAUAUUCUCUAGCUCUUCAAGGUCUGCAAGUCCUGCCACAGGCAAGCUUAUUCUGUUUGAUUCAAGAUCAUCUUCCCCAGAUUUCAUUAACAAUCCAGAAUCACUCCUUAACAAGGCUUCUGAGAUAGGAGAAGGAGUGUUUGGAACUGUUUAUAAGGUCUCAUUAGGUGGUUCUCAAGAAAGAAUGGUAGCUAUAAAGAAACUUGUUACAUCGAAUAUUAUUCAGUACUGCGAGGAUUUUGAUCGAGAAGUUCGAAUUUUAGGCAAAGCAAAGCAUCCUAAUCUGAUUUCAUUGAAAGGGUAUUACUGGACACCUCAGUUUCAGCUAUUGGUAUCAGAAUUUGCAAACAAUGGUAGCUUACAAGCAAAACUUCAUGCUACUCCUCCUCUUUCAUGGGCUAAUAGAUUCAAAAUUGUGCUUGGAACAGCAAAGGGGCUUGCUUAUUUGCAUCAUUCCUUUCGUCCUCCGAUCAUUCACUAUAACAUAAAACCAAGCAACAUUCUUCUUGAUGAUAAUUGCAAUCCAAAGAUUUCAGACUUUGGACUUGCAAGACUUCUAACAAAGCUUGAUAAGCAUGUGAUGAGUAAUAGAUUCCAGAGCGCAUUGGGGUAUGUGGCACCGGAAUUAGCGUGUCAAAGCUUGAGGGUGAAUGAGAAAUGCGAUGUGUAUGGUUUUGGAAUUAUGAUUCUUGAGGUAGUGACUGGUAGAAGACCAAUUGAAUAUGGUGAAGAUAAUGUUGUCAUAUUAAAUGAUCAUGUUCGAGUUUUACUCGAGCAAGGGAAUUCAUUGGAUUGUGUUGAUCCUAAUAUGGGAGAUUAUCCAGAAGAUGAGGUUUUGCCUGUUCUGAAAUUGGCCUUGGUUUGUACUUCUCAAAUUCCAUCCAGUAGGCCUUCCAUGGCAGAAGUUGUGCAAAUACUGCAAGUUAUUAAGACUCCUGUUCCACAGAGAAUGGAGAUGUUCUAGUUAACAAUGUCAAUUAUUUCUUGUUUCACUUUUAUUUUGACUUGUAAGAUUGGAUUACCUGACUCUCUUUUUUUCAUUUUUGUAUAAUUAUUUUUCUAUAACUAGUUAAAAUUCUCUUCCUCCAUCAACAUUUAGGAUGCUAAA